ACUCCAAUAUGGCUUCGCCCAUACAGGUCAGCCAUUCGAACUGUUUAUUAAGAAGCGAAGAUUGAGUAAUUAACAAACUCGGAGUAAUUAUGGCAAUUGGAAAACAUUUCGACUAGCGACUUUUAUCGUAUCGUUGGAAAAUAGACAUAGCUCAAAAUAUUCCUCUGUCAUUAGUCACGUUACUCAGAAAACCAGAAUGGAGCCAGCUAGUAUUAAUUGACGAUUUACUGUGACAUUGUAAGUCUUCUAAAAAAACACGAACAAAGACUUUCCCGUCAAAACAGUAAAUGCAUCCUUCAAAGGUUGCUGUUGAAGUGAUCCGGUUGGGUCGAAUUUCCUAUUCGCGUGCAUUACGGGUACAGCAACUCUAUGUCAGAAGACACCUGGAUUCUAAAGACAAUUUCCACAAUACCCUGCUACUGUGCGAACACCCGCCUGUCUACACCAUUGGAAUCAGACAGGCACCCUACCCAGUCGAGGAGGAGCAGAGACUGAAAUUCCUUGGCGCUGAAUUCUUUCGUACCAACCGUGGCGGACUCAUAACUUUCCAUGGUCCAGGGCAGCUGGUUUGCUACCCAAUUAUCAACUUGGUCUGCUUCAAGAAAAGUGUGCGAUGGUACGUGUGUGAACUGGAGAAGACUGUCAUCAACCUUUGCAGAAAGUAUGGGAUAAAAGCAUCCACUUCUCCAGACACUGGAGUCUGGGUUGGAGACAACAAAAUAUGUGCUAUAGGAAUCCAUUGUGGGAGAUACAUAACAUCUCAUGGCUUGGCCCUGAACUGCAACACAGAUUUGGGCUGGUUUAAAAACAUUGUGCCAUGUGGGAUUGAAGACAAAGGUGUCACAUCUCUCAGUCAAGAACUGGGAAGGGAUGUCUCCGUCGAUGAAGCCAUCCCACAACUGCUGGAAACGUUCAGUGCUCAGUUUGACUGCACACUGUUUCAUGGAGAAUAUUCUAAUAGCAAUUAAAUGCUCAGUGAAUUAAACAAUCCCACAAUCCU